AUGGCGGAGGGCGCGCCGCAGCACCUGUCGCUGCCCUCUGGGCUGCUGGAGCUGUGCGCGCUGCUGGGCGCCUCCCGGGACAGCCUCCGCGACCUCGAGCAGGUUGCCCAGAAAAAAGGAGUCAAAAAUCCUUCUUCUCUUGAUCCAGAGGUUUUGUCCGUUUUUGUACCUCCUUUUAUCAGUAAGGAGGACAGUCAGGUGGCCAGUGUGAACUGUGCUACCCUAGGUAAAACCAGAAGACGCUCCUUCAGAAAGAAGAGAGAGAAACCCAAAACCGAGCCGUGGAAGGGCCUCGCGGGGGACCCCCGACCGCCAGAGCCUGAAGACGUGAGCAUCCCGGGUGGCGUGGACCUCCUCGCGCUGCCACAGCUGUGCUUCCCGGGGGGCGUGUGCGUGGCCUCUGAACCAAGGGAGGACUAUGUCCAUUUCCUGGUGCUGACCGAUGUCUGCGGAAACAGAACCUACGGCGUGGUGGCCCAGUACUAUCGACCCCUGCACGAUGAGUACUGUUUCUACAAUGGCAAAGCACACUGGGAGUCGUCCUGGCCAACUGUGAGCACUGCUGGCGUCUUCGUGCCCUUUGCAGUGUGCGUGGUCUCCAGGUUCCCCUAUUACAACUCCCUCAAGGACUGCCUCUCCUGUUUAUUGACUCAUCUGAAGUUCUGUAAAGAUUUUGAAGUUGACAAUCAUAUAAAAGAUUUUGCCGCAAAACUAUCCUUGAUACCUAGUCCACCGCCUGGACCGCUGCAUUUGGUGUUCAACAUGAAACCGCUACAGGUCGUGUUUCCCUCACGAGUGGACCCCGAAAGCCCCGUGGUCGACCUGGACCUCCACCUGCCCCUGCUGUGCUUCAGACCUGAGAAGGUGCUGCAGGUCCUGACGUGCAUUCUGACGGAACAGCGGAUCGUGUUCUUCUCCUCGGACUGGGCUCUGCUAACGCUCCUGGCCGAGUGCUUCAUGGUCUACCUCCACCCCCUGCAGUGGCAGCACACCUUCGUGCCCAUCCUGUCCGACCAGAUGCUGGAUUUUGUCAUGGCCCCAACGUCUUUUCUCAUGGGCUGCCAUCUCGAUCACUUUGACGAAGUCAGCAAGGAAGCUGAUGGUUUAAUUCUAAUAAAUAUUGACCAGGGGAGCAUCACCUACUCUAAGUCCUUGGACAAUGACGGGGACAUUCCUGACAUCCCUCUCCUGGCGGCACAGAUGUUUAUUCAGAGGGUCCAGAGCCUCCGGCUGCACCGGGAGCUGCACCUCGCUCACCUGAGCUCCAGCACAGACCUGAAUGAGGGUCAAGCCCACCGGCGAGCCUGGCAGCAGGCACUCAACAGCGAGAUCCAGCAGAUCACCCUGCAGCUGCUCGUCAGUAUCUUCAGGGAGGUGAAGAAUCAUUUAAAUUAUGAACAUAGAGUAUUUAAUAGUGAAGAAUUUCUCAAAACAAGAGCUCCCGGGGAUCAACUGUUUUAUAAACAGGUCCUGGACACCUACAUGUUCCAUUCUUUCCUUAAAGCCCGGCUCAGUAGAAGGAUGGACGCCUUUGCCCAGAUGGACCUCAGCACCCAGUCUGAAGAGGACAGACUAAAUGGGACGCUUAUAAGCCCAAGAAGACCGACAGUUGAGAAAAUGGCCACGCAAAAGCCUUCGCCGCGGCACGGCACUCCCAGGCGCAUGGUGGUCAGCAUGCCCAACCUGCAGGACAUAGCCAUACCCGAGCUGCCGCCCCGGAACUUGUCGCUUCGGGUCAUGGACACCACGGGCUGCAAGAGCAAUGGCACAGUUCUGAAUGUGGCCCCUAAAUCCACAUAUACGUUCAAGAUUCCAGAAAUCCACUUUCCCCUGGUGAGCCAGUGUGUCCAGGCAUACUACACUGACUUCGUCACCCUGCUGAGCAAGGCCAUGAGCUUUCUGGCCCCUGACAACUCCCUGCUCCUGGCUAGAUAUUUCUACCUCCGUGGCCUCGUACAUCUGAUGCAAGGACAGCUGCUGAGUGCUCUCCUGGACUUCCAGAAUCUGUACAAAACAGACGUCGGGAUUUUUCCUGCUGACCUGGUCAAGGGCACGGUGGAGUCGAUGUCGGCCCCCGAGCGUGCGCAGGCCGAGCAGACGCCCGAGCUCAGGCGGCUCAUCAGCGAGGUCCUGGACAAGGCUGGCGAGGCCCCCAAGGCAGACGACCGCGUGAAGAACUUCGAGCUGCCACGGCAGCACAUGCAGCUGGACGACUUCGUGAAGCGGGUGCAGGAGUCGGGCAUUGUGAAGGAUGCCAGCAUCAUCCACCGAUUGUUCGAGGCGCUGACUGUAGGACAGCAGAAACAAAUUGACCCAGAAACAUUCAAAGACUUCUACAAUUGCUGGAAGGAGACAGAAGCAGAGGCCCAGGAGGUCAGCCUGCCUUCGCUGGUGAUGGAACAUCUGGAUAAAAACGAGUGCGUGUACAAGCUGUCGAGCUCCGUCAAGACUAAUCGCGGCGUGGGCAAGAUCGCCAUGACCCAGAAGCGCCUGUUCCUCCUAACCGAGGGAAGAGUGGGUUACGUGGAGAUUUCCACCUUCCGAAAUAUAGAGGAAGUCAGAAGCACCACGGUUGCUUUUCUGCUUCGGAGAAUACCCACUUUAAAAAUUAAAAUGGUGUCCAAGAAAGAAGUCUUUGAAGCCAACCUUAAAACGGAGUGUGACCUUUGGCACCUGAUGGUGAAGGAGAUGUGGGCUGGGAAGAAGCUGGCCGAUGAGCACAAGGACCCCCAGUACAUCCAGCAAGCGCUGACCAAUGUCUUGCUGAUGGAUGCCGUCGUGGGCACACUGCAGUCACCGGCUGCCAUUUAUGCUGCCUCCAAAUUGUCUUACUUUGAUAAGAUGAAGAAUGAACUGCCCAUGGCGGUCCCAAAGACGACAUCGGAGACGCUGAAACACAAGAUAAAUCCUUCAGCCGGGGAGACGCUCCCACAAGCCAUCGACGUCUUGCUGUACACGCCAGGGCAUCUUGACCCCGCAGAAAAAAUUGAAGAUGCUCACCCCAAAUUAUGGUGCGCCCUGAACGAAGGCAAAGUGAUCGUGUUCGACGCGUCCUCCUGGACCAUCCACCAGCACUGCUUCAGAGUGGGCACUUCCAAACUGGCGUGUGGGCCGUGGGGCUUCCUCUCCUGUGCAUUGUACGCGCUCCGUGCAUUGUACGCGCUCUGUGCAUUGUACGUGCUGCGUGCAUUGUACGUGCUCCGUGCAUUGUACGCGCUCCGUGCAUUGUACGCGCUCCGUGCAUUGUACGCGCUCGGUGCAUUGUACGCGCUCGGUGCAUUAACGUGCACGGCGCUUGCUGACUGUGCGCGUGUGUGUUUUGACACCUCCAGCGAGGUGUACUCGUGCAGCGUGGACGGGACGGUCCUGGCGUGGAACGUGAGCACGCUGCGGGUGACCAGCCGCUUCCAGCUGCCGUGCGGUGGCCUCACCUCCAUCAGGCUGCACAGCGGUCGCCUGUGGUGCUGUACAGGUGACAGUAUCAAGAUUGUGACAAUGAAUGGCUUUCCUCGUCAAGAACUAAAGAUCGACGAGAACUUGAAAGAGACGAGCACCUCCUUCCUCUGUUUCCAGAUCCUUCCCGAGCAGGAGCAGCUCUGGGCAGCUUGUGCAGGAUACAGCGAGGUUUACAUCUGGAGCCUGAAGGACCUGUCCCAGCCCCCUGAGAGGAUCCCCCUGCAGGGCUGCUCCGAGGUCAGCUGCAUGAUCAGGGUGAAGCAGCAGAUCUGGGUGGGCGGCAGAGGGCUAUCGCAGGGGAAACCCAAAGGCAAGAUCUACGUGAUUGACGCUGAGAGGAAGACGGUGGAAAAGGAGCUGGUGGCGCACGCCGACAACGUGAGGGCUCUGUGCUCAGCCGAAGACAGAUACGUGCUGAGCGGGUCGGGCAGGGAGGAGGGAAAGAUCGCCAUCUGGAAAGUGGAGUAAAUGUGGGUAAACAUGCCCGGCAGAGAUGUGCUCUGCAGGUGAGGACUGUGUGCCUCUGGCCUGCUUUCUGGAGCUUUCCCAGGAGCAGAAGCUCUGAGAAGGGGCAGGGGAGCCAUGCUGGGUGGGGUCAGGAGUCAUUCUGGGCCCCACUGGAGUGUGUCCACUGCGCAGCCAGUGACCGGACCAACGACUGUGCCCUUUGUCUCCUGGACUUUCCUGCUCCCUGAUUAGCUGCAUUGAGAGCGUUUCAUGCCGGGUGCAUCUCAGGCAGGCAGUGCAUCUCAUUUGGGAUAACCUGUGCUGAGAGGUUACCUUGGGUAUCGUUUAGAAAGGUCCAGAAUCCACAACCAAGGGCCAGCAUUGGGGCCAGCAGUUUAGCCAAAUCACACGUGAUCUGUGGCCCUGUGUCUCUGAUUUUGCCUUUCCUUUAUGUCAUUCAUUCAUUCAACAAACACUUACGAAUCUCCUGUGGGCAGGACACACGAGGAGGCGCUGAGGAGCCCACAGCCUCCCACUGGCUUCUCGUUUCCAGUGAGACAAGGAGGAUGGGUGUUUUAAAAUAACCACUUCAUGGUCAAAAAGGUCUGCCCCUGCCCAGGCUGUUCCCCCUCAGAGCAGGUGACCAAGUCCUACCUGGGGGAGGGGAGAACACUGUAUCAGGUUUGUCUGGACAGAGUUUGGGACAGCUGAGGCAAGCUCCGUCUUUUUUCUCUUUCUUUUCAAUUAAUGCAAAAUUGUUAUAAUGAAGAAACCUAGAGAGACUUUUUUUUUUAACCAAAGGUCACAGACAAAAAGUUCCAUCUAAAAGAGCAUGUGUGGGGCUGCCGGUUAGCUCAGUUAGAGCACGGCCUUCCAACACCAGGGUGAAGGGUUAGGUAAAAAAUAAAUAAAUAAAUAAAUAAAAAGUCUGCAUAAUCUGGUCUUCCAGUCAAGUUGCCUUACCAGAUAUUGGUGUAUAUUUCAAUGCCAUUGCAUCUUGUGCGCACACUGUAUACAUAGAUGUAGAUGAUGUUUUAUUAUUUAACUGAAAAAGAUCUUAGCUGUAAAUAACUAAAUAUUUGCAAAAAAGACCCUUUGCACAUUUUUAUUAUGAUAUUGAGAUGUCAUUCCUUAAAUGUUCUGCAAGGAAGGCUCUGGGUGGGUGUUGGACAUGGUGAGAGCGUUAGCUCUCAGCACAUUAGGAGGGCCUGUGGCCUGUCCCCGGUGGACCCACCCGUGAGCUGGCUGUGGAGCCACACCAGACCCUCUGUCCUGGGUUCUCAGGACUCAUCUGGACACCAUGCAGAGCUCGCUCAGGCUGAGGGGUCUCGGAGGGUGUCUGUCAGGCUCCUGGAACAGGUCCAAGCUACGGAAGUGCUUGCAGUGCCUUUAGAUGAGAACUUGGGCCCAGGUCUCUGGCUGGGUCUACGUUUUGGAAGAUCCGCAUGGCUGACCAACAUUUUCCCCCAAGGUUUGGCUUUUUAUAGCCACCAGCUUCUUGCGGCACUCUAGGAAUGUGGUGCAGAGAACAAGGUGGCCUCAUCCCCCGCAGAGUCAGUGCUGGCAGACAGGGUGUGUCCCCCUGACUUCCAGAAGGAAGCCUGGUCUGGCAGCAAAGGGUUGAAGAGGUUGAAUUUUGCUUUUGUAAACACACGAAAACUUAUAAUAAAACUCUAUCAGAAAAUACUUUUACAAAUUAUUUAUCACCAAUCCACCUGUAACCAGGUAUUUUCAGCUUGUGAAUAAUAAAUUGUUUUGCUUAAUAAA